AAAAAAUAAAUUGUUAAAUAAAAUUACUAAAUUUUGCAUUGAAAGUCGAAAAACAUUUAAUAUAAAACGGUAUAAACAUGUUAACGAUGGUUUUAAUGUAAUUAUCUUACAAAAUUUAGUGAUCGUUUAUUUUCAUAAUAAAAUCUCUCUUCUAGCCAUUUAAUUUGUACAUCAUAUCUUUUUAAUUUAUUUUUAAAAAAAUAUAAACAUAUUAAAGAUGGUUUAGUGUAAUUAUCUUAGAGAAUUUAAUGAUCGAUCAUUUUCAUAACGAAAUCUCUCUUCUAGCCAUUUAAUUUGUUUUCCUAUUAUAUCAAAUGUUAAGUGUACAGGGAGAAUAGCAUUUUCUUAUUAAUUACAAAUUGACUAUUUGAGUGGAUUGUAAAGGAACAUCUGAGGUUUGAAAUAAAUGUUUUUUGUGUCAAAUCAAAUGUUGAUGUAUUAAUAUGUUUGUGUCUGUAUAGAUCAGACCUGAAUCCGACCAAACAACUAAAAACUAGAAGGGAUCACAAAUCAUUCAAACCAAUCUAUAAAUUUCAAAGCAACUACAAACAAUUAAAAUGGAGAAGACAAUAUGAAAAUUACAACGUUGAUAAACAUCAGGUGAUAGAAUUAGGGAUAGUCUAAAAUUACAGAAUGAAAAAUAAGAUUAAAAGAGAAGCAUUCAAGCAUAUACAGAUAGAUGUUAAAAUAUAUUGGAGACUUGAAGCUUUGAAGGUGGAGGUUCUGUUCAAAGAUGACACGCUGGAAAACAAGCAGCGACAUUUAUUUUCUUAUGUUCCACACCAUUUCAGCUGUGUGAGCCACAUGAAGUCUUAUUAGCAGACAUCAAUAGCCUGGAAAUCAAAGUAUAGUAAUGGUUUGGUUGAACAACCCACCAAUUGGUAACUCAUUGCUUAUUCUGCUUCUGUGUCUCACUUGUGGAAUUGAUAUAUAAAAAGGUGUGACAAAUGAACGUGAAAAAUGCACAGAUCUACUUUCAGCUAUAUGUUGAUAUAGAAGUUUGAUGGCGAUUGGCAUGCAGGGAUGUCUAUUACAAACCAUUACUUAUAUAAAUGGUCUAGUGAACCGUAGAAAGCUCUUUUAUGAUUGGGAUUAUCCGUAAGCUUUGUUUGUUUUCUCUAACACUUGGGUCUUUAUCAUAUUGAUUUUGGUUUGCUGACAUGAGGAAUCAUGGACUGGAGCCUCAUUACGAGAAUGAUAGAAUUAAAUGAUCAUUAGUGAUGGAUGCAAAGAUGGUUAUGUGGUUGCUCAUUACCAAAGCCUUGCCGAGAUGACUUGUCAAGACCAAACGCUCUCUCUGCUGCCGCGGUUGAUAAAACUCAGAAACGUAAAGGCACAUGUUUCUGUUCAGCUUGCGUUUUGGUUUGCGUCUGUGUUCACAGGUACAUAAAGAUAAUAUGGUUAUGAUUUGGUUUGUUAGCAUAAUGUUAGAUUAUAUAUGUAGUUUAGUUGUAUAUCUAAAAUAUCAUUUGAUGUCUUUUUAUUGACAUGUGGUAUGGAGUCAUAGGACCAUAGUAUGGUCACCAUACUCCACUCUAUAUUUCAGAGUGACUCGUGUCGCAUCAAGUAAAAGAUUCGAAACUAGUGAAACCUUUUGUUAAGGCUAUCCACCUUGCAUAUAUUGAUUAUACUCAAAUACGUCCAACACAUCGAAUGUUGAUCUCCAAAUACCAAAAAGACCCUUCGUCGUCUUUUAAAUAUACUCUCCGGUAUAAGGAGAAUUAAGACAUUGAUAUUCUUCCGACAAAGCAAAAAGUCAGAGAAAGUGUGACAUAGGUAUCUGCUAAUGUGCUAAUGGAUAAACAUGACGAUAAGAUCAAUCAUUGUCUCACAACUUAUAUCAUUUAGGUGCAGUUCAUAAUUAUUUGAGGGAAAAAAAAGACUUAGAUCUGUUCUUUUGUUUCUGAUGGCGACAGAACAACAAGCUGAAGUUGGAAGGGAGACCUCAUCUGCUUCACGAAGAUUUUCAAGGAACAGAGAUUUAUAUCUCUUCUUGCCUUUCCUCUUCUCUGAUCAAGAAUCAUCAGAUGGAGACCACAACGUUGCUUCGUGGCGCGAGAGAAUCAUUCUUGUCAACCCUUUUACACAAGGAAUGAUCGUACUCGAGGAGUCAUCAGGGUUAAAUCCUCUGCUACGAGACUUACUUGAGUCACGCGAGGAAGGUCAUCCUCCAGCGUCAAAGGCUUCCAUCGAUGCGAUGAGGGUCGUUGAUACCGACGGCUGGGGAGGAGAGUGUGUGAUAUGUUUAGAGGAAUGGAAGGCGGACGAGACGGUGAAGGAGAUGCCGUGUAAGCAUAGGUUUCAUGGAGGAUGCAUAGAGAAAUGGUUAGGGUUACAUGGGUCGUGUCCUGUUUGUAGGUACGAGAUGCCUAUUGAGGGAGAUGAGGUUGAAAGGAAAAGAAGUGACGGGGGAGAGAUUUGGGUUAUGUUUGGUAGAAGUUCUUCUGGUCAUGAUGGUGGAAACAGUGAUGGUAACACUGCUGGAUCUGGUGGCACAUGAUGUGUUCUUGAUUCCUAGAAUUAAGGUUUUGAAUAAACUUUUGUUUUGAUCAAAAAAAUAAUAAUAAUAAACUUUUGUAGAAAGCCUUGUGACUUUUUUUUUUCAUUUCUUCCAUGAAGAGUUACGGUUCUUGUUUCUUGAAUUUCAUGUAUUUAAGUUAGGGAUUUUCAAGAACUUUUUUUUAGUUUUGGACUGCA